AUGUUUGUAAAUAAUGAUACUAAUACGUCAUCGAUACCGAAUAAACUAUCGUUUAUAUCACAAAUAAAAAGUCAUUUUGUUAAACAUCAUAAAAAAGCAUUAUCCGUUUCAUCGAUAAAUAAUAAUUCAAGUGAAUUACCAUCAUCAGAGGAUUAUACAUUGGAGGAUAAUCUUAAUCGAUUACACGACAAUGAAAUAACGAUACGAUCAUCAAAACAAUCUAUACAAAAAACUGAUCUAUGGGACAUAAAGUGAGUAUUGUUCGUAAAUCAAGGUCAAUUUAAUGAUGAAAAGACCGGAAAAAAGAAACAUGUUUUCGAACAGGUAUUUCUUAUGGAAAAAUAUUGAUAAAUAAUUAUUUUGGAUUAAAUAU